AUGCGGAAGGUUAAGAAGUUGCGCCCGGACAACGAGGACACAGGAGGUUGGAGAAGCUUCUCGCUGAGUUCUGAGGGGGCGGCCAGGAUGGCCGCGGUGGCGGAGUCACCGUCAUUGGAGCGGGCUGAUGCAGUGGGGAUGGAGGAGCCAGGAGCCCGUUUCCAGGUGCAGAAGCACUCAUGGGAAGGACUUCGGGGCAUCAUCCACGGCAGCCGCAAGUACUCAGGCCUCAUCGUCAACAAGGCACCCCACGACUUCCAGUUUGUGCAGAAGACGGAUGAGGCGGGCCCCCACUCGCACCGCCUGUAUUACCUGGGGAUGCCCUAUGGCAGCCGUGAAAACUCUCUGCUCUACUCCGAGAUCCCCAAGAAGAUCCGGAAGGAAUCCCUGUUGCUGCUCUCGUGGAAGCAGAUGCUUGAUCACUUUCAGGCCACACCCCACCACGGCGUCUACUCCAGGGAGGAGGAGCUCCUGCGGGAACGCAAGCGCCUCGGGGUCUUCGGCAUCACCUCCUACGACUUCCACAGCGAGAGUGGCCUCUUCCUCUUCCAGGCCAGCAACAGCCUCUUCCACUGCCGUGACGGGGGCCGCAACGGCUUCAUGGUGUCCCCCAUGAAGCCUCUGGAAAUCAAGACCCAGUGUUCGGGGCCACGGAUGGACCCCAAAAUCUGCCCCGCCGACCCCACCUUCUUCUCCUUCAUCAAUAAUAAUGACCUGUGGGUGGCCAGCCUGGAAACAGGCGAGGAGAGGCGCCUGACGUUCUGCCACAGAGGUUUGUCCAAUGUCCUAGAUGACCCCAAGUCAGCCGGCGUAGCCACCUUUGUCAUUCAGGAAGAGUUUGACCGCUUCACUGGGUACUGGUGGUGUCCCACCGCCUCCUGGGAAGGUUCAGAAGGCCUCAAGACGCUACGAAUUUUAUAUGAGGAAGUCGAUGAGUCAGAGGUGGAGAUCAUCCACGUCCCAUCUCCGGCCCUAGAAGAAAGGAAGACGGAUUCAUACCGCUAUCCCAGGACAGGCAGCAAGAAUCCCAGGAUUGCCUUGAAGCUGGCAGAAUUCCAGGUGGACAAUCAGGGCAAGGUGGUCUCAGCGCAGGAGAAGGAGCUGGUGCAACCUUUCAGCUCCUUCUUCCCCCAGGUGGAGUACAUCGCCAGGGCCGGCUGGACCCGGGACGGCAAGUUUGCCUGGGCCAUGCUCCUGGACCGACCCCAGCAGCGACUGCAGCUGGUCCUCCUGCCCCCAUCCCUGUUCAUCCCGGCCACAGAGAGCGAGGAACAGCGAGCGGCAUUCGCCAGGGCCGUCCCUCGGCAUGCGCAGCCGUACGUGGUGUACGAAGAGGUCACGGAUGUCUGGAUCAAUGUACACGACAUCUUCUACCCCUUCCCCCAGACCUCGGGAUCAGAGGAGCUCUGCUUCAUCCGUGCCAACGAAUGCAAGACUGGCUUCUGUCACCUGUACAAGGUCACCGUCCUGCUGAAGCCUCACAGCUACGACUGGACCGAGCCCCUCUGUCCCCGGGAAGAUGAGUUUAAAUGUCCCAUCAAGGAGGAGACCGCUCUGACCAGCGGCGAGUGGGAGGUCUUGGCCAGGCACGGCUCCAAGAUCUGGGUCAACGAGGAGACGAAGCUGGUGUACUUCCAGGCCACCAAGGACACGCCGCUGGAGCACCACCUCUAUGUGGUCAGCUACGCAGACGCUGGCGAGAUUGUACGCCUCACCAUGCCCGGCUUCUCCCACAGCUGUUCCAUGAGCCAGAACUUCGACAUGUUCAUCAGCCACUACAGCAGCGUGAGCACGCCGCCCUGUGUGCACGUCUACAAGCUGAGUGGGCCGGAUGACGACCCGCUGCACAAGCAACCCCGCUUCUGGGCCAGCAUGAUGGAGGCGGCCAGCUGCCCCCCGGACUACGUGCCACCGGAGAUCUUCCAGUUCCACACGCGCUCUGACGUACGGCUCUAUGGCAUGAUCUACAAACCGCACACCGUGCAGCCGGGCAAGAAACACCCCACCGUCCUCUUCGUGUAUGGGGGCCCGCAGGUGCAGCUCGUGAACAACUCCUUCAAAGGAAUCAAGUAUUUGCGGCUCAACACGCUGGCAUCCCUGGGCUACGCCGUGGUGGUCAUCGAUGGCAGGGGCUCUUGUCAGAGGGGACUCCGCUUUGAAGGGGCCCUUAAGAACCAAAUGGGCCAAGUGGAGAUCGAGGACCAGGUGGAGGGCUUGCAGUUUGUGGCUGAAAAGUACGGCUUCAUCGACCUCAGCCGGGUCGCCAUCCACGGCUGGUCCUACGGCGGCUUCCUCUCGCUGAUGGGGCUGAUCCACAAACCCCAGGUGUUCAAGGUGGCCAUCGCGGGCGCCCCUGUCACCAUCUGGAUGGCCUAUGACACAGGCUACACGGAGCGCUACAUGGACGUCCCCGAGAACAACCAACAAGGCUACGAGGCGGGCUCCGUGGCCCUACACGUGGAGAAGCUGCCCAACGAGCCCAACCGCCUGCUCAUCCUUCACGGCUUCCUGGAUGAAAACGUGCACUUUUUCCACACCAACUUCCUUGUCUCCCAGCUGAUCCGAGCAGGGAAGCCUUACCAGCUCCAGAUCUACCCCAACGAGAGACACAGCAUCCGCUGCCCUGAGUCUGGUGAGCACUAUGAGAUCACACUGCUGCACUUUUUACAAGAAUACCUCUGA